UGAUACUUCGUGUUACCUGAAGUCUGUGAGACCUAAGGAGGAAUAUUUUGCAGCUGGGCUCCAUUGUGCUAAAUGGAGCAAGUAGUGUUCAGUCUGUGCAGCUCUAGACAGGAUUUGUCCGUGUCCGUUACCUUCAAACAGCUGUAAAUGGUGCCUAUUGCUUGGCUGUUUUAUCGCGCUUUCCAGCAUUGCUGCUUGUGGUUUUGAAACACCAGAGAAGCCAACGAGCUGCGGCCAAUGUUUUUGUGGCUUUUACUUGCAAAACUGAGGAAGCUCCCAAUUUUCCAGUGGGCCGAAUGAAAGGCCGACCCAAAGCAGCUGAACGUCUGGAGGCUGCCAAGGCCUUCGCGGAGCAGGACGUGGCGGUGGUGUGGGGUUUCCCCCACGGCGUGAAAUCGGGUGUAAGCUUCAUGAAGCAGGAUGUAACCGAAGAGAUGCCAGAGGGUCCCUUCGACAUCAUUCUCUCACGCUACGCAGUGUGUCUCUACUUGCAAAGUGCACAACUCUUCACUGUUUUAGCAGACAUGGUGCAGCGACUGCGACCGGGCGGCUUCCUGGUGAUUGGUGCCAAGGAGACUCAGAGCGAUCAUUUGCCUAAUGGUUUUUGUGAGAAGUUCGGCCUUACUGCCGUGGACUAUCGUGGAGAGGAGGUGAAUUCCAUUGAGGUUCUUCGGUUCUAUGCGCAGUUCAUGCGGCAGACAGGUGGUGAGCCCUACUGGGUGGCUGAGCGAAAGCAGUUGGAGCGGCAACGCCUGGCCGUCCGCAUGAAUCAGAAGAGCAGAGACUUGAUGCAAAUGGCGCUCGACGAAGGUCGGCGCCAGGCUGAAAGCUUGUUCACCCGCGGCAACAAAACACGGGCAGAAUGGAUGCAGGCUCGGGAAGUCUUCCAAGAGUCCAAGAAGCUUUCCACUGGCAGUUCCAUUCCUAAGGAGGAGCGUGCAACGCGCUUGAAGAGUUUCCUGAAGCGACUGGAGCAGGACGAACGACUUGGCCCCGGACGUGAGGCCAAACUGAUUGGGUCAUGA